AGAAUUGAACAUUUUCUCGGCUUUGAGUUGAAAAUUAUCAUAUUUGAACUGAAUUGACUCGGGUCUUUUGAAAUGUAAUAUUUACACGCUAGAAAAACGUGAAAGAUAAUUGAAGGAUUAGUUGUUUUCAUUCGUUUUUGCUGGUUGAUUUUGAAAUUUAAUUUCGACUACAAAAUCAACGAUUUACCUUUAAUGAGUUAAUGUCAAAUCAUUUCAUUAAAUAAAAUGAAUUAAUAUAACACACACCUUUUCCUGCUUCUCGUGUUCAGCAAAUUAUAGAAAGUUUAGACGAAACAGCUCUAAUGAACAGUAACCUCAACUUUCAAAAAGAAACCUUUUAACACCUAAUCAACUCCAAGUGUUUCAAUUUUCAAUUUCUUAGGUGAAUUUGAAAUCUUGAAUUUGGUUCCAAUCAUCAAAUUUAUGAGAUUGUUUAAGUUGAAACAAAUCUCUUGUGGUUGAUUAUUUUAAAAGGAAAAAGUUCCCAACAAGCCAAAAAUGUUAACCAAAAAUGAUGAAAACGUAAUCAUUUCUGGUGUCUCUGGUCGAUUCCCAAAAUCAGAUAGUGUUGAAGAGUUAUGGCAAAAUUUGUUCUCUGGAAAACCCCUUUAUGGUCCUGAUACGGUUCCUUAUCCGAAAAUUUUUUCCAGGCUACCCAAGUCCAGAGGAUAUCUGAAGGAUACGAGACUAUUUGAUAACACUUUCUUCAACUACACAGUUGCAGAAUCCAAUACACUUGAUCCACAAAUAAGAAUACUUCUUGAAGUUGUUUAUGAAGCUCUCUGGGAUGCAGGAAUAAAACCCCAAGAAUGGAGAGGAACACGAACUGGUUUCUUCCUAGGAUCUGCAUUCGAUGAUACAGGGUUGACUGUCCGAUGGGACUAUAAAAUUAAUUUGCCGCAAUAUUUCGCUCAACGAGUCUCAUACCAUUAUGAUUGGAGAGGGCCAACAAUGAUUGUUGAUACAGCUUGUGCUGCCAGUUUAAACGCACUUCACACUGCUUAUUGGUCCAUAAAAAAUGGUGAAUGUGAUCAAGCUGUAGUUGCUGGCAUUGCUUUGCAUGUUAAGCCUAGUAUAACAAUAUGUUUUGCAGAGUUGGAAAUGUUAUCGAAAUCAGGUCAAUCAUGGUGUCUCGAUGAAAAGGCUGAUGGUUACAUCCGAAGUGAAGCAAUUGUAGCUGUUGUCUUACAAAAAUCAAAAACAGCAAAACGCAUUUACGCAUCAAUUUUAAAUAGUUGCACAAGUAGUGAUGGUUAUACCAAGGAAGGGAUUACGUUUCCAAGGAAAGAGGUUCAAGUUGAAACAAUGAAGCAAACUUUGAGGAAAUCAGGUCUAAAUCCACUUGAUAUAAAUUAUGUAGAAGCUCACAUAACUGGAACAUCAGCCGGAGAUCCAAUUGAAGCGUCUGCCAUCAUGGAAGCAUAUAGAGGAAAUUCUGAGCAUCCGUUAAUGUUAGGUUGUCUCAAGUCAAACAUUGGUCAUAGUGAAGCGUCAGCAGGUCUUUGUGCUCUGGCAAAGGUGAUAAAAAUUUUCCAAACUCAAUUGAUUCCACCAAAUAUAAAUAUGAUUAAUUGUAAUCCGAGAAUAGAGUCACUGAGAGAAGGCAGAUUGAAACCAGUUGUUAAACCAACCAUUUUUACCGAUCAGAUAAUUUCAAUUGAUGCCUUUGGUUUUGGUGGGUCCAAUACUCAUGUAAUCCUGAAAGGACCGAGGGACAAACUUUCACCGGUUAAUGUGUUGUCAUCACCAUCUAAAACAAUUAAAUCACAACCAUUAAAACAAGCUACUUCAUCAUUAACAUUGUCAAAGUCUUUGUCGGCUGUUUUACCUUCUGGUUUACCAAGAUUAGUCUUCUUCUGCAAUAGAACCAAAAAGGGUUUAAAUAAAAUGAUUGAAACAAUAGAGAGAAAUGUUGAUAAACUUUCCAACGGUUAUUUGUCAUUGCUGACUAACCUGGGUUAUAGUGAACCAGAGACUGGAUUGAAUCAUAGAGCAUUUUGUCUUCUUGGCUCUUCACCUAAAGUUAAAAGUGAAUCAAGUGAGCUGUUAGACAACCGUUCAAAACCACUAAUCUUCUUGUUUGAUGAUUCAUUUUCAAAUUUAUCCGUUUGUCUGACUGAUUUACCACUUUUAUCUGAUUUUGUGAAAAAAACUAAAUUGUUUCUUCAAAACAUUAAAACCAACGGAACUGAAAUUGGAUAUAACGACAAAAGCCAAUCUUUAGAUACGGUGUUGGACUUGUUUCUUCGUCAGCUUACAUUGGCUUUCUUCCUCAAAUCGCUUGAGAUUAAGCCAAGUUUAAUUAUUGGAACUGGAAUCGGUAAAAUAUCGGCCAAGUAUGCUGCUGGUCAGAUCACAUGGCAAGAAGCUCUAACCUCAGUUGUUCAUCUCAAUGGCAAAGCGUUUGGUUCAAAUGGGAUUGACAACUCACCAAUUAUCGAUCAGAAUGGUUACCUAAAAGAUUUGUUCAAAUUGGUAAAAACACAAUCAAUAAGCUGUUCGCCAAACAACUGUAAAUCAUUCGCCAAUGAUGACUAUUAUUUUCAUGUUAAUCAAAAAUACCGAGAUACAAUAGAAUCAUUGAAACUUCAAGAUUGUUUUUUGGUCAGGAUCAACAACAAUCUGAAUAGCUUCUAUCUAUCUGAAGUUAAAUCAAUCAACUCCUUUUCAAACCAAUCAAAUAUUGAACAUCUUUUAAUCAAAAUUGGAAAUAUUUACCUCAAUGGCCAUAACCCAAAAAUUGAUACAAUUUACCCAGUUGACUAUCCUGUUGAAUCUGAUUGCCCUUCUAUUGGUCAUCUACUAAGUUGGAAACAUGAAUUAUCGUUUGACAAUGUGGUUUACCCUGAAUUUUUCAGAGACUCUUUCCGAACAGCUCACCGGAUUGAUUUAGUUGACUCUAAUUACUCAGAUCUUUCUGAUUAUAUUGUCGAUGGUUCAAUAACUCUUCCUACAGCUGGUUAUAUUUGGAUGGUUUGGGAUCAUUUGGUUAAAAUGAGAUGUUCCGAUCAACGUCUUCGAGCCCAUUCAUUUACCCUAUGGUCCACUCAAAUUCACAAGACAACAAUUGUUAAAGAUCCAGUUGAAUUUAGGAUAGCGUCUAACCCAGUCAACCAUCAGUUUGUAAUCAAAUCAGGUGAAGAACUGUGUGUUACUGGUUAUGCCAAGAUUGUCGAUGAUACUCCGUUUGAUUAUGAACUUGGUUAUCUUGAUCAAUCAAAUGAAACAAAUGACUCGUUAAUGUUGACCGGUGAAGAGUUUUACACUGAAAUGUCCAUCCGAGGAUUAACCAUUAAACCAAAGUGCCAGGCUAUUGAUAAAAUAUCUUCUGAUGGUUCCUCAGCUCAAAUUAGAUUCAAUGGUAAUUGGAUUACAUUUAUUGAAUCUUGUUUACUCUGCCCUUUGCUAGCAGACUUGGAUCGCUGUUUAAAAACAAUUACCACAUUAGAAUGGUUUCGCUGUGAUCCAGUUAUCCUUAAUGACCAAUUUAAAGUACAAAAGCAAUCAAAAAAUACCCCUGGAAUCAAUUUAAUUCAUAAUGAUAAUCUGAAAACACUGGCUACACGCGGUUUAAUUUUCAAAGUUCCUGUUUUUAAUUCAAUCCCUCGUUCACUGGAUACCAAUAAUCUUCACCAUCGAUAUCAGAUGUUUCUCCCUUAUUUUGGUUCCAUUCCACUUGAUCAUGUUGAUACAAUGUAUAAAAGAGUUAGUUACCUUCAUUCAAUCGAAAAGAUGUUAACUGCUCUCGAUAAUCCGCAAGAUUGGAUUAAUGUUCCUACAAUGGAGGAUCAACGUGAUGUUUUACUAAACAUUUUAUGGAAAACAUAUAAACAUCCAAGAUCUCAUGAUUACUUGAGAGAUCAAUUUUCAUCAAAUAAAGCAGAAUUAAACCAAGAUAGAUUACUUUAUGAUCCACAAACUCAAUUAUUGUCGCAACAUUUGUCUAUCUUUGAGGAAAAUGCCAAAUCAAAUGGGACAAUUAACAUCUCAUCAUUUGGAGUAACUGGUUAUCCAUUCCAAGAUAUAUGUCAGAACCAUUUCCGUCGCAUUCGCAAUCGCUAUUCAUUUAUUGAUGACCUGCAAUCAAUUCAACCAAUCAAGACUUGUGAUUUGAUUAUCUACAAUCAUGAAAGUAUGGCACUCUUACCAACCCAAAGCGAUGAAGAUAGCUUCAAUAAAUUGAGAACGUAUCUUUCAUCGAUGGAUCCUUCAUCUUUCGUUAUUAUACAAUGUCGAAAGGCACUAUUUCCAGUUGAAUACAAACUUGCAAGUUACAUCAAGCAGCAAAUGAUUAAAGCACAUGAUGGCGUUUUGAAUCGAUUCAAAAAAUUGCUGUCCGAAGAAAAUUUCAUCCUCAUUUCAGAGUAUACCAUGUUUGAUGUUGAUAUGGUUUCGCUAUUGGCUCGAAAAAAGAUGCAACUAAAUCCAGAAAAAUCAAUCUGUCAUCUCAAAAUUACCAGUCACUCUUACCAAUGGAUCAAUAGUUUACAGAGAUUAAUCGAGAAACCAGACAAUGAACGUAUAUGGUUAAUUUUUGACGAAACUGAUCGAACUGGAAUCAUUGGUUUGAUAAACUCGCUGAAAGAAGAACAAUUUGGUUCAAGAGUAAAAUGCAUCUUCAGUCCUAAUUGUAAAAUUGAUCUCAAUUCAGAUUUGUGUGAGGAAAUUUUAGCCAAAGAUUUGGUGAUAAAUGUUUAUAUUGACCAAACAUGGGGUUCAUAUCGUCAUUUUGAACUCUCAAAUGAUCGCUCAUUUGUAAAUCACAAGCAAGUCUACCUUGAUUGGAGCCAGGUCAACGGAGAAGAUGAAACAACAAAGAAAUUGGUUUGGUGUAAAUUUACUAAUCCAGCAAAAGAGUCUAAUGUGAUUAUAAAUCAUUUUGGUCCAUUGAAUUUUACUCUCAAAUUUUCAAAUGGCCUGGAAAAACAUUGCCGAUCCAAUGGUUAUUUAUCUGGAGUUGGCAAUGAAUUUGCAGGUCAAACUAAAGAUGGAAUCAAAGUUUUCGGACUCUGUGCAAGCCAAGGAAUUUCAAAUAUCAUUCCAAUGUCUCAAGUCAUAUUUAGCCUUCCAGUGCCAACAAAUUGGAAUUUAAAAGAUGCUGCAGCGAUUGUAAUGCCUUAUACAAUUGCUUAUUACUCGCUGAUUCUUAGAGGUUCAUUAACAACAAAAUGUACAGUUCUUCUUCAUAAUUUGACAGACGGUCUCUUUGAAUCUUCUGCCGCAAUCUGUAAUUCAUUUGGUUGUCGUGUGUUCAUUGCUCAUCACAGUCUUAAUGGUUGCUCAAAUUACCUCCAAGACUUGAAUGGAAUCACAAUGGAACAAAUAUUGUCUCCGGAAAAUGAUUUAAUGAAGCAAAUCUUUUCACUGACAAACGGUCAAGGUGUAGACUUUAUCUUGACUAUGGACUCAAUAAAGCAGCUAGAAAGCUUGGCAAACUGUCUUAAAGUGAACGGAAAAUUGAUCCAACUGAUUUCAAAUGAAAAAUUGGAAAAAGAAGUGUUUGAGCCACUUUGGUUACCAGAAAAUGCUAGUCUUGAGUCAAUUUGCUGGUCAAAAGUGUUGAAGAGUUGGACCAAUAAAACGGAUUUAAAGCGUUCAAUAAGUGUCAAAGCCAUUGUAAAUUACUUUGAAAAGGGACUAAUCAAUGGUCAAAUUAAACCAAUCACUAAAACGUCAAUCUAUUCUCGCCAGGAGCUCCCUAAAGCAAUCAAUCAAUUGUCUUCAAGUCUUCCAUUGGGACGAUCAUUGAUUAAAUUGAUUAAUAAUGAUGAAGUUAAAACAGUUAAAAAAUUAAAUGAUAAUCUGGAUUUCGUUCCUUGUGAGGCUCAAACAACAUUUGAUAAAAACAAAUGUUACAUUAUAUUUGGUGGACUUGGUGGAAUUGGACUUCAACUUGGCCAAUGGAUAGUUGAACAUGGAGGUCGAAACAUUGUAAUGGUUUCACGAAAAGGAGUGACCAAAAAUUAUCAAAAAUUUAUUCUCUAUAGAAUGAAAAGUUGGCCUGAUCCAAAAAAAUCAGUUCAAGUAAACACCAUAAAUUUGCCAAACACAAAUUAUGAAGAGGUUUUUGCUUUAAUACAGAAAGUUCAAUCUGAAUGUCCAAUCGGAGGCAUCUUCAAUCUUGCAGGAACAUUGGCUAGCGGACUUUUCGAGAAUCAAACUGUUGACAAUUUCACUCGUGUGUGUUCAAGUAAAGUUGAGUUAACGGAACAUCUGGAUUUCAUUACUCGUUCAAUCUGUCCAUCAUUGGAUUAUUUUGUGUGUUUUUCCUCAAUCGGAUCAACUGGUAUUCUCGGUGAAUCAAAUUAUUGUUAUGCUAAUUCAUACAUGGAACGAAUUUGUGAGUCUCGAAGAUUAUCUGGGCUAGCUGGAUGUGCCAUUCAAUUUGGUGCUGUUGGUGAUGUUGGUAUGGCUCAAGACAACUCAUUGACCACAAUUGCUGGCUCGGUUUGCCAACCAAUAUUCAGUUGUUUCCAAGCUUUAAAUAAAUUUCUUCAACUCGAUUAUCCUGUAAUGUAUUCUGCAAUUAGUGCCGAGAAACAGUCAGCAAGUGAAGAUUCCAAAGGAGGUUUUAUCCAACGAAUUGAGCACAUUUUGGGUCUACAAAAUUUAGAUUCACUCGAUUUGACAAUUACUUUGGGAGAUUUGGGACUUGAUUCUCUUCAAUCAAUUGAAGUUAAAGAUUUAAUUGACAAAACGUUUGGAAUUUCCUUGCAAAAUAUUGCCAUUGGAAAAUUGUCUAUUGCAAGUUUAUUGCGAUUCAAGGAAGAGUUUCAAGAUAGUAAAAAUAAUGAUGGGAAAGAGAAUAAAUUUACAGAAGAAAUAAUCAUUAAUUUAACAGAAAAAGGAACCUCGCCAGUGUUUUUCUUUCCUCCUGCUUUGUUUGAUUUUCUUUCCAUGAAAGCACUUGCCGAGGCUUUAAAAAGAACUGUGAUUGGAGUUGAUUUAACCGAUGAAGUUCGCCGAAUAGGAAAUUUACCCAAAAUUGCUGAGUUUUAUUCAGCCAAGAUACUGGAAAAAUAUCCCGAUGAGGCAAAAUACUAUUUUGUUGGAUACUCUUAUGGGUGUUUAAUUGCCUUCGAGGUUGCCAAAGUAUUACAACGUAUUGUGGGUAAACAAAGAUUAGACUGUCUUUGUUUUAUUGAUGCAACUCCUUAUGGAUUAAAAAGGCUUGGACAGAUAACAACUAAAGCAGCUUUACUUGGUCUUCCAGGAUCAGAAGUAUUCUGCAUUGCCAUGGAUCAUCUAGGUGUUCAUACUGAUGAAUCAACAAGGCAACGACUUUUGGAAGCUGAAGAUGAUGAUGAAAGGUAUCUUGAAUUGGUAUCUGAAAUAAUGGCUAGCGCAGGAAUGAAUGGACCAGCUGAGGGUUUGCUUCAUAAUCCAGUUGCUAACAUUGAUAGAGGUUAUUAUCUAACUCACAUGGACGAUUUGGGUAAAUUUGAAGGAGAUGCUUUGUUCAUAAGAGUCCUGAGUAAAACUAAUCAUGGUAAACCAUCAACAGUUUGUGAAGGUUUAUCCAAGAUUAUAACUGGACAGAUUAAAGAAGUUCUUUAUAAUGCUUCCCACUUUGAUGUGCUCAAGGUUUAUGCAAAAGAGAUUGCUCGUGAUAUUGAAGAAAUGAUGCCUCCUGAUAUUUAAGCAAUUAAUAAACUAAUUUUAACCUUUGCUGAAAA